AUGUCUUCAGCUAAAGACCCUUUUUACAUUGUCAAAGAGGAAAUUCAAGAUUCUAUUGACAAGUUGCUCUCAACAUUUCACCAAUGGGAACAAAUGCCUUCUGACAGUGGGAAUCAACUACAAAUCACUAAGGAGCUUCUUGCUAGUUGUGAGAGCAUAGAGUGGCAGGUGGAUGAAUUGGACAAGACAAUUGCUGUUGCAGCAAGAGAUCCUUCUUUUUAUGGUAUUACCCAGGUGGAGCUUGAUAAACGAAGAAGAUGGACCGGAAAUGCUCGUACUCAGGUGGGAAAUGUGAAGAAGUCAGUAAUAACUGGGAAGGAGUCGAACGGCACAAGCACUUCUGGUAUUAAUGGAAUGCGGCGUGAGCUGAUGAGACUUCCAAAUUCUCAUCAAUCUGACAUAUCCAACCAGUAUAAUGCACAAGAUAAUGAUGAUUUUAUAUCGUCAGAAUCAGAUCGACAACUACUACUCAUCAGACAACAGGAUGACGAGUUGGAUGAGCUCAGUGCCAGCGUAGAAAGAAUUGGAGGUGUUGGCCUUACAAUACAUGAAGAACUUCUUGCACAGGAGAAAAUUAUAGAUGAACUGGGUACAGAGAUGGACAGUACAUCAAAUCGUCUCGAAUUUGUUCAGAAAAAGGUUGCCAUGGUAAUGAAGAAGGCUGGAGCAAAGGAUUCAGAGGGCAGGAACCAAGGAAUUGCCAUGAGUCAGAGGGCAGGAACCAAGGAAUUGAGCAAUGCUCGAGGGACACUUUUGAUUCAUGGGAAAUGA